AGUCUGUCAGGUUGGGGGGAGCCAGUCGCUGUGUAGGAACAGUGGAGCUGAAACAUCAAGGAGAAUGGAGACCAGCAAUUGACUAUGACCUCAGGAAAGCAGCUGUUCUCUGUAAACAUCUGGACUGUGGAUCUGCUGUUUCUGCUGUAAUCAGACCGAAGUCCUCACCUGCAGAUGUGCUGGGGAUCAGCUCUGACUGUUUUCAGUCUGGAUCUACUCAAAGCGAGUGUGCAGCACCAAAUGCCUCCAACUACACCCUGGAUCUCAUUUGCUCAGACUUGCUGGUUCAGCCCAUCAUCCAGGCAUCCUCCAUCGAUGGGGUUUCUGAGGCCCAGGAGCAGGGGCUUACAGUAUCCAGGCACUCCAACUUCACCAUCAGCUGCUCCAUCCAGCCACAAUACCCAGGAGGCUCCUUCCAGCUCACCUUCAACUCCACCAACACAGCGUACAGCUACACCCAGCCAGCUGUCAAUCACUCUGCCCACUUCCUGUUUCCUGCUGCAGUGCCCGCCCACCAAGGAAACUACAGCUGUGUUUAUCACAUCUACGUUUUCUCUCAUAAUUUCACUGCUGAGAGCCACCUGCUGCCUGUCACUGUCUCAGAGUUUGUCAGCUUGGUAGGAGGACCCAGUCGCUGUGCAGGAACGCUGGAAUUGAAACAUUUGGGUGUGUGGAGACCAAUGGAUAGCUCUGACUGGACCAUAAAGGCAGCAUCUGUUAUCUGUGAACAUCUGGAUUGUGGCUCUGCUAUUUCAGUAGAAUGGCGAGAGGAUUCCACAGAGAAAUCUGUGUGGAAGAUCCAAGACGGCUGCAUUGAGUCUGGAUCAGCUAUAAAAGAAUGCUUACAACUUUGGUUGUCUUCCUUCUCUCUGUAUCUCACGUGCUCAGACUCUGUCAGGCUGCUGAAUGGUUCCAGUCUGUGUUCAGGCAGACUGGAGGUGAAGUCUAACCAGAGCUGGUCCUCAGUGUGUGAAGCUGACUUUGACCAGCAGGAUGCAGAGGUGGUCUGUAGGGAACUCGGCUGUGGGCCUCCUUCGGUCCUCCAGGGGACGCUCUAUGGAGAAGUGGAGGCUCCAGUGUGGAGCAAAGAGUUCCAGUGUGGAGGCCAUGAGUCUGCUCUCCUGGACUGUAGAAGCUCAGGCUCAGCUAGAAACAGCUGCUCACCUGGCAAAGCUGUUGGACUCACCUGCUCAGAGCCUCAUGAUCUCAGGUUGGUGGGAGGAGCCAGUCGUUGUGCAGGAUCACUGGAGCUAAAACUGGGAGAUUGGAGACCAGUGGAAGCUUCUGAGUGGAUCCUGGGCAAAGCAGCUGUUAUCUGUGAACAUUUGCACUGUGGUUCUCUUGAUUAUGUGGAGGCUAGAAAUGAGUCCUUGCUCAGAUCUGUUUGGAGACUCAAACCUGACUGCGUUCAAUCUGGAUGUGCUCUGAGGGAGUGUGUAACAUCAGAAUACUCUUUAAUGAUUAUGAAUUUCACCUGCUCAGACUUGCUGGUUCAGCCAAACAUCCAUGCAUCCUCCAUGGAUGGGGUCUUUGAGGCCCAGCAGCAGGGGCUUCAGGUGUCCAGCCGCUCCAACUUCACCAUCAGCUGCUCUAUCCAGCCACAGUACCCAGGAGGUUCCUUCCAGCUCACCUUCACCUCCUCCAACACGGCAUACAGCUACACCCAGCCAGCUGUCAAUCACUCUGCCCACUUCCUGUUUCCUGCUGCAGUGCCCGCCCACCAAGGAAACUACAGCUGUGUUUAUCACAUCUACGUUUUCUCUCAUAACUUCUCCUCCGAGAGCCGCCAGCUGUCUGUUGCUGUUUCACCUCCAGCAGCUCCAACAGUUCAUACCAUCACAGGAGUCAUCCUGCUGCUGAUUCUCCUGAUUGUGAUUACUGCCCUUUAUUUCUGCUGGAAGGCCAGCAGGGAGCAGACGCUGAGCAGAAAGGACACUGACGUGGUUUACUACAACUACAGUGAUCACGGAGAAGGAGGAUCAGCUGAAGAUGAAAGUCGCCAGGGAGGAGAGGAGGACCUCAAAGAAGCUCAUCUCAAAUCCAAUUGAAUUUCUGAAAAAUGACUAUCAUAAUAGUUAACACAACAGUUUUCUAUUGAAUAUAAACUUGUGUACUCACUUCACUGAUGUGUCGCUUCAUUUAAAACUAGAGGGGAAAGCACAAUGUCAUCCAACAAACCAGGGGCGAUUCUAGGAUUAGAGCUUUGGAGGUGCUGAGCACCCAGAGAGCUGCCCAGCCAGGCAAGAUAAAUCAUAAGAUUCUUAAAUUCAUCAAGUCUCU